AUGAUACAUGAACUUAUUGGAUUUAAAAACAAUCGGGUAGCCUUUUCCCCUGAAAAUACUCCCGAAGCUCCCACCGAAAUUACCCUGUCAAGAGAUUAUGAUGAGUUCUUUCGUAACAACCAAUACAAAAACUUUGGAGAGAUCGGUCAGUCAAUCAAGAUGUUGGUCGAAAGCUUUCAGAAUGCUACAAAAACGGUUGACGUAGGAGGUGUGAGCUCAUUAAAUGAUCUAAAGGGUCUGUUGGAGAACUAUCCCGCUUUUCGAAAAGCUUCCGGAGCCGUCGAAACUCAUGUCACACUUGUUUCCGAACUUUCUCGUCUGGUUAAGAAUAGGUCCCUAAUGGAGCUUAGCGAGAUUGAACAGGAAUUGGUUUGCCAGGAUAAUCAUUCAGUGAGCUUCUCUCGAGUCAAAUCUGUUGUCACUGAUGCGAAGUUCAGAGACGCGGACGCUCUCCGUCUGGUGCUUUUGUACGCCUUACGCUUCGAGUCACAUCGCAAGGAAAUUUCCACCUUGUCUUCCUUGUUACUCGAGAGAGGACUAAGUCCGGAGGAUGUCUCCCUUACCGAAAACAUUAUCACCUAUGCGGGGACUCGGCAACGUAAAGGGAGUUUUGACUUAUUUUCCGCCGUCAAACAGUCAGGUUUGCAAGCAGCAAAUCCUUCCGUCGCGAAUGCUACUAAUACUGUUGCAUCUCUUACCAAAAGGUUGGUAAAAGGUCGAAAGGGAGUUGAAAAUAUUUACACUCAACACGAACCCCUCAUUAUUGACGUCUUACGUGAUCUGAUCAGAGGACAAUUGAAAGAAUCCUCUUUUCCUAUUCUUGAAUGUGCUGAUGGCUUCAACAGUUGCCCACAAUCAUCAUCAUCAACCAAAAAUGUUAUUGUAUUUAUAAUUGGUGGAUCGACCUAUGAAGAGUCUUUUGCUGUGGAAAAAUUAAUGAAAUCGGCACCUGGGACUACAAUCCUUCUGGGAUCCACCUUCAUGCACAAUUCGGAGUCCUUCCUCAAAGAAGUUAGGGCAGCUAUUGCCAACCCAGACAGCGUCGAUGUAGACCCCGAGUCCUCGAAUAGAAACACGCGAGGAAACUUUCCAGUUACUCUGGGAUUUGCUAAAGCUCCCAAACACACGCAGUAUUCUCUAUUGCGUUGA